AUGCAAUGGGGCCUGUUAACCGGUCAGGUUGUGAGACGGGGUUCUGAGUGGGUUAAGUUGGCGGAGGCCGGCUGCAUUGCCCAGCCACUGUGCGUGGCCUGUAUUGGGACCAUGAAUGCCUUCCCGCGGGGCUACUCGGUGGCAUUUCACUGCGCGGGGCUAAAGGCAAAUCAGUGGCGGCUGCUGCGCAACGAGCUCUUCAAGGUGCACGCGAAAGUCCUCUUCCGCGCGCCCGACACUCGGGGCCCCGUCUCGCUGUGCUACCUGACGAAGCCCGAGCAGGAGGUAACGCACGCAGACUGGAAGAGCUUUCUGCAGCGGUUGACAAAGUUGGCGGGGGAGUACGACCUCCUGCUGCUGGCGGGGAAGUACAAGGAUAGCCUGCUGAACCACGUGGAUCUGCAGCGCAUGAUCACCAUCGAAGACACGGCGCAGCUUCAGCUUGUGAGCUACAUCAAUUCGCUGAAGUACCAGCCGAAUGUGGCGCUGCGGGGGGCGCUUGCGAUGAGUCAGCAGUGCAUAGCGAUGGCAAAGUUUGCACAUGAGAGGGAACAGGAGGGCGAGAAGAAGGAGGAGGCCUAGUCUCUAAUCAGGAUUGGACUGUGUUUCAAUAUUUUUAGCUUAGG